UCGAUCGGGAUCGGGAGCGGAGAGCGAGCCCGGAGCCAGGGAGCAGAGAACCCGCCCGCCCGCCCGCCCGGCCCUCGAGUCACCAUCGGAAGGAGAAGCGGGCGCGCGUUCCGCCAUGAGCAGCGAGGCCGAGACCCAGGCGCCCUUGCCGCCCCCGCCGCCCUCCUCGUCCUCCGCCGCCUCGUCCUCCUCCUCGCCGCCCGCCGCGCCGGCCCAGGACGCGGCCCCCGCCUCUCCCGAAGCCAAGCCCGGCGGAAACAACAACAACAACCACCACAACGGCGGAGGAGGCAAUGGCGGCGGCGGCGGCAGCAACCACCACCACGGCUCCGCAGCGGCCCCUGCCGGCGGGGACAAGAAGGUCAUCGCAACGAAGGUUUUGGGGACAGUGAAAUGGUUCAACGUAAGGAAUGGCUAUGGCUUCAUCAACAGGAACGACACCAAGGAAGACGUGUUUGUCCACCAGACCGCGAUCAAGAAGAACAACCCCCGGAAGUACCUCCGCAGCGUUGGGGAUGGCGAGACUGUGGAGUUUGAUGUGGUUGAAGGAGAGAAGGGGGCGGAGGCGGCCAACGUGACGGGCCCGGGGGGCGUCCCGGUGCAAGGCAGCAAGUACGCGGCGGACCGCAACCAGUACCGGCGGUACCCGCGUCGCCGGGGGCCCCCGCGCAACUACCAGCAGGGCUACCAGGGGAGCGAGAGCGGCGAGAAGAGCGAGGGGCCCGAGAGCCUCCCCGAGGGCCAGGCCCAGCAGCGCCGGCCCUUCCGCCGCAGGAGGUACCCCCCCUACUACAUGCGCAGGCCCUACGGGCGCCGGCCACAGUACUCCAGCGCAGGCGCCGCCGGGCAGGGAGAGAUCCCCGAGGGAUCCGACAACCAGGGUUCCGGAGAGCAAGGCCGCCCCGUCCGGCAGAACAUGUACCGGGGCUACCGGCCGCGCUACCGCAGGGGCCCCCCACGGCAGCGGCAGCCCCGGGAGGAGGGUGCCAACGAGGAGGACAAGGAGAACCAGGGGGAGGAGGCCGGGCCGGGACAGCAGACCCCGCAGCGCCGCUACCGACGCAACUUCAACUACCGGCGCAGGCGCCCCGACAACACUCGGCCCCAGGACGGCGGCGGGAAGGAGCCCAAGGCCGGCGGAGGAGGCGGGGAGCCCGGGGGGGCCGGAGCGGCGUCCGGAGGAGGAGGAGGCGGAGGAGGAGGAGGAGGGGGGGCCGGCGGCGGGGAGAGCAGCUCCGCUCCCGAGGCCGAGCAGCAGGGCGGGGGCCCCGAGUAGCAGGGCCACACCACAGCCCCACACACACGCCGGUUUUAGUCAUCCAAGAAGAGAGAAAUCCGGCUUGUUUUUAUCAGAAGCGAAUCCGACAAAUAAAAACAAAAGAGGAAAAUUCCAGCAAUAAUAAAGAAAAUAAACGGAACGGGAGGCGAUUGGAACGGAGGAGGAGGAAGACCUUAAGUGCUUGCUUUUUGCUGUUGACCAGAUCGAAAACUCGAACUACUCUCUGCAUAUUGUCUCUAUCUAUGCAGCAUGGGAUUUUUAUUAUUAUUAUUAUUAUUUUUUGGUAUCUCCGGCCGCCGACGCUCCCUUUGGCGGAGCCGCCGCGACAAUGUUUUUUAACGGAUUAAAAAAAAAAUGCAAGGCCUGUUUUUUCUCAAUACACACCUUUCAAGGUUUUUAAAUUGUUUCAUAUAUAUAUAUAUAUAUCUGGUCAGAAAAGUUGGGAAUUUUUAAGAAACCUCAUUUUUAAUUUGUAUGAAAAUGUACAACCUGAUUUUUUCAAGUCAAACUGCAAGCAUCUCUUAAUAAAGGUCUUAAGAAUUGCC